AUGGACUGCUACCUGCGCCGCCUCAAGCAGGAGCUGAUGUCCAUGAAGGAGGUGGGUGACGGCCUGCAGGACCAGAUGAACUGCAUGAUGGGGGCGCUGCAGGAGCUGAAGCUCCUCCAGGUGCAGACGGCCCUGGAGCAGCUGGACAUCUCCGGGGGGGCCCCCGCCCCAGGCCGCCCCGCCAGCCCCCGGACACGGUGGGAGCCCCCUCCCUGGGAGGGCGGCAGAGGGGCGCCCCCCUGCGGCCACGCUUCUCACGGGAGCAGAGCCCGGUGCCCGUCCGGCAGGAGCGUGCGGGGCAGGGAGCCAGCUCUCGGACCCAGGACCCAGCUGCCAGAGCUGCCAGGCUGUGGCGAGCAGAGGGCCGGGCUGGGGGAGCCGGACGACUGGACCUCCACGCUCAUGUCCCGGGGCCGGAACCGCCAGCCCCUGGUGAUGGGGGACAACGUGUUCGCGGACCUGGUGGGCAACUGGCUGGACCUGCCGGAGCUGGAGAAGGGGGAGCCCCGGGGGGCGUGGGGGCCCCGGGCAGAGCCGGACCAGCCCAGGGAGCUGGGCCGUAGGUUCGCCCUGACCGCCAACAUCUUCCGGAAGUUCCUGCGCAGCGUGCGGCCCGACCGGGACCGGCUGCUGAAGGAGAAGCCGGGCUGGGCGGCCCCCUCGGCCUCGGAGCCCCGGGCCGGGCGCUCGCACAAGGCCAGGAAGCGGGGCCACCCCAAGGGUUCGGGGCAUCAUCUCCCCUUCCGGGGCGCGGGGGAGCCCAGGCCAGGGGAGGGCACGGCCCCCGGCUGCCCCAAGGCCCUGGAGGCGGCGCCCUCCGGCUUCGAUAUCAACACUGCGGUGUGGGUCUGA